AGAGAACCUAACCCAGAUCGCAAACAAACACAACAGAACACAUUUUUCAUUACAUUUCCUUUCAAGCACUCGAACGAGGCCACAGUCAAUUACCUCCCUCUCUUCGCUGACUCCGUCUCCCCACCACCUCACCACCGCCUCCACCGACCGCGGCCGUCGCCGAGACCUUCGCUGCCCAUUCGGCUCAAUGCCCUCCUCCCAGAAGCGCUCGCCGGAGACCGCCACUCCGCCUUCUUCUCCUCCGCCACCGCCCGAGGAAGAAAAACCCGAUGAUUCGCUCCAAGGCAGCGAGAAUCACAACCAGAAGCUGAGCGACAGCGAGAAAGAUUCGGAGGAGAGCUCUGAAUUCAGCGAUGAAGAAACUGAGGAAGGAGAUAUUACUGUGAAUUUGGCUGAAAUACGGAAGGAUGUCCAAUGCCCCAUAUGUUUAGGUAUCAUUAGGAAGACAAGGACUGUCAUGGAGUGUUUACACCGUUUCUGCAGAGAGUGCAUUGACAAAUCCAUGCGCCUAGGGAACAAAGAAUGUCCAGCAUGCCGCACCCAUUGUGCCAGCCGCCGUUCUUUAAGGGAUGAUCCCAACUUUGACGCUCUCAUUGCUGCUCUGUUUCCCGAUAUUGAUAAAUAUGAGGAGGAGGAGCUGGCUUUCCAUGAAGAGGAGAUGGCUCGCAAUAAGCAGAUCCAAGCUUCGAUUUCACAGACAUUUCGCCGGCAGGCGGAAGCACUGGGAAAGAAACAAGCACCACCUAGACGUCAGAGCACUUACCGGAACUCGAGAGGAAGGCCAACCCAUCGGGUUUCUGAGAACCAUGACUCUGACGAAGACGAAGGAACUAAUGGCAGCAAAGACUCAUCCUCUGCUGACGAGCGCUCGCCUGAAGUAAAAUCAAAGAGGCACAAAAGAUGGGGAGGAGGUCGGUCCUCACAGCAGUCAUCUGGGGCCAAUCCAGAUGACGAUAAUGAGCCGGAAGCCAGCAGGGAACUGCUUGGUGCCUCACUUAUAGGGGGCACUGAGAUUCUUGCCUGGGGAAGAGGUCGCUUGCGGAGUAACACAAGGCACGGUGGACAUGGUCGGGCCAAUGGCAAGCUGUCAAGGAAUAACAGGCUCAUGAAGCUGAUAGAGCAUCUCAAAAGUGCAAAUGAUAAUGAUGAGGAGUUGAAUAUUAAUCUCACGCUCGUUUCGCUGACUGAUGGGAAAGCACCCUGCCUGAAGCGGCCCUAUCUAUGCUGUAGCCAGAAGUCAUCAGUUGGACACUUGUGCCAGUAUGUUGCUAUGCAGACAUCCACCGAAGCUGAUAAAAUAGAAAUUUUGAUGGUAAAAGAUUUUCCUCCUGUGAACAUCUCUUCUAGUUUCAAAGGUGAACUUGGCAUUGUGAAUCCCUGUCUCAAUGAGAUGGAGCUGUUGAACGAGGAACAAAUGUUGGGGGAAAUUCAUGCCAAUUUUACUCAGCAAAACCUGGUUUUGGCUUACCGGGAAAAGGCACAAGUCUAAGUAAAAUUGUCGAGGAUGAAGCUAAUGUCUUCUGUGGAAGGAAAGUUCAAGUAUGAGACAAGAUGAAAGUUUACUUUGUUAUAUUGAAACUUAUAGAUAUUACUGUAUAUUGUUUUACCUGUUAAGUUAAUGGCUAUUCAACAUAAGCUUUAUAUUAUGAACUAGAUACUUUAGGGGCUGGUCAACUCUUCAUUCCUGGCUUCAUUUUCAGUGGUUUUAUAUAAUGUUGUAGGACUUUGUAUUUUAAUUUUCUUUUUCUUCAUAUAUACACAUAUAUUUCAUACAGUGGUUUUAUAUAAUUGUGU